AUGACAAAUGGAAAAUGGAGCGAUUUUAUUGAUGGUGUUGGGAUGGACAAAGGAGAUUGCGGUCAGGUGAACCAAGAGAUCCGGAUCGUGGGUGGACGACCGACCGGAGUGAACCGGUACCCGUGGCUCGCGCGCCUCGUCUACGAUGGUCAGUUCCACUGCGGCGCGUCGCUCAUCAACGGCGACUACGUCCUCACCGCUGCCCAUUGUGUUCGUAGGUUGAAGCGGUCGAAAAUUCGGGUGAUUCUGGGCGACUACGACCAGUAUGUGACGACAGAGUCGGAGGCGAUCAUGCGGGCAGUAUCCUCGAUUGUGAGGCACAGGCACUUCGAUAUCAACUCGUACAACCAUGACAUUGCGCUCCUCAAAUUGCGCAGGCCUGUCCUGUUCUCGAAAAGCAUCAAGCCGGCGUGUCUCCCCGGUACAGCAGAUGAUGAUCCUGCCGGGAAGAAAGGCACAGUGGUGGGCUGGGGCAGAACGUCCGAGGGAGGAAUGCUGUCAGCCGUUGCCCAAGAAGUCCAAGUUCCUAUUCUAACCAACAACCAAUGCAGGGCAACCAAGUACCGACCAACCAGAAUCACCACCAAUAUGCUUUGCGCCGGUGUCGGAAAACAGGAUUCUUGUCAGGGUGACAGCGGUGGGCCUUUGAUCAUAAGCACUGGCGUUGACAAAUUUGAACUCGUUGGUAUCGUCUCUUGGGGAGUGGGCUGUGGCCGACCCGGAUAUCCCGGUGUCUACACCCGUGUGAGUCGCUACAUGGACUGGAUACAGAGGAACAUGCAUGACACCUGCUUCUGCGUCAGUUGACAUUUCUCCCACCCCCGCCCUCCACCGCGCAUCGGUGCCAACGUGACGUCAGACAAAGGAGUCAAACCACAAGGCUCCCUUUACAUGAACGAACUUUCAACGAACUAGCCGGAAAGUUCGGGAUUUCGGCUUCCUCAUUCCCCAUGCUUUUACCUUGCUUUACAUAGAAAUCAUGCGGAAAAGUUCGUCCUGUGAAUGGAGCCUAACUCAUGCGCGUCCAGCCAUAGGUAUAGCUGAUGGCUUUUGACUUCAGGAUAGCAGAGCGUUUAAAAAAUGUGUACCGGCUCUGUAGAAAUACCUACAUAUCGUUUCUCAAAAUUUCACUGAGGAAAAUAUAUUAUCAAAACCAUCAAAUAAGUGGAGUUUUAUAUGAAAUCUUAACAAGUAGUAGUCGUUACCAAUAAUAGUGGUAUUUUUUUAUCAUUAAGAGAAAUUUUUUUUUUUUACGUUGAUAAUUUUACCAUCACGUCGGUGAACAUAUAUCUUUUCAUGGAAAAAAUACCACAAUUUUGGUUAUAAGGUAUAAUAAUAAUUCAAAAAGUGAUUCAAUACUUUCAUAGGUGGUUAUAAUUCUUGUUGGACGCCACCAAUCGAAUAAUUUUGACCAUAGUUUUUUCUCAGCGAAUAUUUUGUAUCAUUGAUGUUAAAAACUGGAGCACACAGAUACUAAAAUAAAGGGGUCUCUAUGAUUUUAAGCCACACUAGUCUCCGCGCUUGAUACAUUUUUCAAAAUUUAAUAAGUAAUUAUAGAAUCGAGUAAUCCGGCUAGUUGUGCCACUUUCUCCUACUCUCUCUCUCGUCUAAUACGAACAAUUCCAUAAAAGAAAUAAAUGAAGGGUAUUGAGGUAUUGAAGGUAAAACAGAGAAAGCGGAGGCGUAAAUUAAAUGCUAAAAUGAAGAAAUAUUCACACGAUUACACACAUGUAUGAGAGAGAAGUAUGGACCAAAGGCCCCUUAAAAUGAUAACUUUAAAUUAAAAGUAAGUUACCGGAGUGUCUUGUCAUAGUUUGAUUAUUGGUUUAAGCCGGAAGGACCAAGUUUUAACUUUUAUAUACAUCUUUUGAAGUGAAAAAAUGUGGUCUUUGUUUGAACUAUAAAAUGCUAAAGCAGUUCAGCGAAUCGAAUAUGCCAGCAUCAAUUUUUGAUGUUUGAAGUCAUCUGCUUAUACAUUUCAGGAAGUUAUCAGAACCAUACCUAUACGUGAAUUUUUAGGAAUUUUGUAACCGGUGUAAAUAUUUUCAUUAAUAAGCGUGCCUUACCGUGUCUCAAGAUGCAGAUAAGUUUAAAUUAUACUCAAAAAGAAAGCUAACAGUUGAUGUAUAGUUGAAGUUAAUCAUUCGUUGCUAUGCAAGUUUUGUUAUAUCUAUGAUUUCGAUAAAUUUUUUGUAUGAUUUCUGUUUUUUUAUGUUAUCUCUAAGAGAGAAAAUAUUUGAAAAUAAAAGAAAUGCCCCCUGAAAA